AACUGGAGACAACUUCAUGUUAUUGACUGUCAGUACUCUGAAGUUUUCGAAUUACUUAUUUUCAACAAUCUCUUUUGCAGUUACAUGUAAAAGAGACGACGUUGAAAAUUAAUUAACUAGAGAUAAAAAAUUCGAGCGAGUAAUACAAAUGUACGAUUGAACGAUAUUUGCACUAGCAUAUAACAUGUCAUUCAAAAUGGAUUUAACAAUAAAUCGUGUUUGUUUAAUUCAUGAUGUCACGACGCACAUUCGCGAAGUCAUUGUUAAACAUACGUGUGCAGUUUAUUAUAAACGAUCCAUUGAAAUUAUUGACGAUUGGAACUUGUAAACUUAUAGUAGCGCGGUGAGCCCGCGGCAUUCCAGAUUAUAAUAUAUGAUUUUAACAUAGUGACACGUUUAAUACUUAUGUAUUUUAAACGUACGGAAACAAGGAUAAUUUUUUACAAACGUAACAACUCGACGUGAAAUGCAAAUGCAAAUAGGUCUAAUUCAAAAUGAGAAAACCAACUCAUCUUGGUCAAGGAAGGAAAGACGGAAAUGGUUUUUAUCUUUAUUAUGUGGCACUUGUCUGAUAUAUGCUACAAGAACAUCUGUUCCUUUAUUGAUGCCAAUUAUAAGUAAAGAGAAACAAUGGUCCAAAACAGAUUCUGGAGUAAUAUUAUCCAGUUUUUUCUGGGGUUAUACAUUAACACAAGUUGCUAGCGGUUAUAUUAGUGAUAGGAUCGGAGGACAAAAGGUAUUAUGCAUUUCAGCCCUUGGAUGGUCUAUGACAACAUUUUUUAUGCCAGAAAUUAUAGAAUUCUUUUCAAAAAGUGAUACAUCUGUAUUAUUAGUAUCCACAGUAAGAACAAUCAAUGGAGCGUUUCAAGGGAUGCAUUUUCCUAGUAUGAUUAGUUUGAUAAGUCAACGAUUGCAUGAAACAGAAAGAGCCUCGUUUUUUAGUUUAUUGACAUCAGGAUCUGCUCUUGGUACAUUACUCACAGGAUCUCUAGGUUCCUACCUACUGGAAAAUUAUAACUGGACAAUAGUUUUUCAAACUUUAGGUGGUUUGAGUUUGACAUGGACUCUCUUAUUAGGCUACCAUACUCUGCCAUUCAGGGAAAGAACAACUUCUGCUAAAUUAACUACUAAUUACACUUUACCUUGGUUGAAGCUCCUGAAAAAACCUCCAUUCUGGUCAUGUGUAAUUGGCCAUGCAUGUCAAAAUAAUUGUUUUUUUGUAUUGUUAUCAUGGAUGCCAACAUAUUUUCAUGAUACAUUUCCUGAAGUGAAGAGCUGGGUCGUAAAUAUGGUACCAUGGUUAUCAAUGUUACCUUGCACAAUUUUGGGCAAGGCUCUUUCUGAGAAAAUAAUAAAAGCAGGGUACUCUGUCACAGUGACACGUAAAGUAAUCGAAACAAUAUGCUUUCUUACUGAAAUAAUAAGUCUGCUGUUUCUAGCAAAAGUGGAAACAUUUCAAGGUGCAAUAAUAUGCCUUGCAUUUAUAAUUGGUGGAUCAGGUUUUCAUAAUAAUGCAAUUGCUGUAAAUCCUUCAGAUCUUGCACCAAAACAUUCUGGCAGUGUAUUCGGUUUAAUGAAUACUGUUGGUGCUAUACCUGGAUUCCUUGGAGUGUAUUUUGCAGGACAUAUUCUACAUGUAACACACAGCUGGCCUGUUGUUUUUAUAUUUAUUGCUAUAAUUGACACAUUGGGAUGUAUAAUAUAUUUACUUUUUGGUUCUGGCCAAGCAAUUAUAUGAAAUGUCAAAUAAAUUCGUUAUAUAGUGUAUUUACUAUUUGAUUCUCUUUGAAUAGUUGUAUGAAAUAAUUUCGAAUAAAUUUUAUAUUUUUUCGGUU